GCGCAAGUACUUCAAGAAGCACGAGAAGCGGAUGUCGCGGGACGAGGAGCGCGCCGUGAAGGACGAGCUGCUGGGCGAGAAGCCCGAGGUCAAGCAGAAGUGGGCGUCGCGCCUGCUGGCCAAGCUGCGCAAGGACAUCCGGCCCGAGUGCCGCGAGGACUUCGUGCUGGCCGUCACGGGCAAGAAGCCGCCGGGCUGCGUGCUGUCCAACCCGGACCAGAAGGGCAAGAUGCGCCGCAUCGACUGCCUGCGCCAGGCCGACAAGGUGUGGCGGCUGGACCUGGUCAUGGUCAUCCUGUUCAAGGGCAUCCCGCUCGAGAGCACGGACGGCGAGCGGCUGGUCAAGGCGGCGCAGUGCGGCCACCCCGUGCUGUGCGUGCAGCCGCACCACAUCGGCGUGGCGGUCAAGGAGCUGGACCUCUACCUGGCCUACUUCGUGCGGGAGCCUGACACGGAGCAGAGCGGCAGCCCCCGGGCGGGCAUGGGCUCCGAGCAGGAGGACAGCAAACCCAUCACGCUGGACACGACCGACUUCCAGGAGAGCUUCGUCACCUCGGGCGUGUUCAGUGUCACCGAGCUCAUCCAAGUGUCACGGACGCCCGUGGUGACCGGAACCGGACCCAGCUUCUCCCUGGGGGAGCUGCAGGGGCACCUGGCCUACGACCUGAACCCGGCCGGCACCGGCGUGAGACGGACGCUGCCCAGCACCUCGUCCAGCGGGAGCAAGCGGCACAAAUCCGGUUCGAUGGAGGAGGAUGUGGACACGAGCCCUGGCGGCGACUACUACACCUCGCCCAGCUCCCCCACGAGUAGCAGCCGCAACUGGACGGAGGACAUGGAGGGAGGCAUCUCGUCGCCCGUGAAGAAGACGGAGAUGGAUAAGUCGCCAUUCAACAGCCCCUCGCCCCAGGACUCGCCGCGCCUGUCCAGCUUCACGCAGCACCACCGGCCGGUGAUCGCGGUGCACAGCGGCAUCGCCCGGAGCCCGCACCCGUCCUCCGCCCUGCACUUCCCCACCACAUCCAUCCUGCCACAAACGGCGUCCACCUACUUCCCGCACACGGCCAUCCGCUACCCGCCGCAUCUCAACCCUCAGGACCCGCUCAAAGAUCUCGUGUCGCUGGCCUGCGACCCGGCCAGCCAGCAGCCCGGACCGCCUACUCUGCGCCCGACACGUCCCCUGCAAACCGUCCCUUUGUGGGAUUAGGACCAAGGGAGCCUGUGGGCAGCUUUCAGGCACAGUCCUGGUACCUGGGAUAACCACGGUCCUCGCCCCGCGCCCCUCCUCCAUCACCCCAAGAAUCCCAGGGGGCAGCACAGCCGGCCCCCUCCGAGCAAGCCCAGCCCGGCGGAGAAGAUAAAACACAACCCACGCAGGCGGAAGAGAAAAACCGAACCGAGACACGCGUGGGGGAGGGGCCAGGAAGACCCCCACCCGCCCACGCCGCCCAGCCGAGGCGCCGGACUGCAGCGCUGCCCCGCGGGAGCCGGCGCCCGCCUCAUCUCUGCACCUGCUGCUCCCACGGGCCGGACGGAAGCACGCGCGCCCGCCCCUCCCCCGGCCCCGGCCGCCCAGGUCCAGGUGAGCACCGCCCGGCGCCCGAGAACGGGGCCAUCCAUCGGGACACCCAGCGACGCCGCCUCUCCUGGGCCAUGGGGACAUCGGCCGCCCCCACCCACACCCCGUCUCCCCGUGGAUGGCCUCCGCGAGAGGGGAGGCGGGCACUUGGGGCGGGGCGCGGCAAGGACCCCAGCCGCGGGCAGCCGAGACCUUGGUGGAGGGCAGGGGUCGGGCAGAGGGGGUGCGCGGGGAGACGGCGGGCGGCGCACAGGCACUGUCGCCCCUGCCCCGCCGGAGACUCGCUCCUGCUCGCUCGCUCGCUCUCUGGGGACGGGGUCUUCCCGCCCUGCCCGCCCUGCCCGCCCUGCCCGGAGGAGAAGUCUAUGCAAUUGACACCCCAGCCCGGCUCGGCGCCCCGGGGAGGGACCCACGUUGCACACACUGUAAGAAAUGCACUUUCCCGGGCGGGGCAGGGUGGGCCUCGGGGAGGGGGAGGUGCCCCCUCCAGGUAGCCCCUGGGGAGGGGGCGCCAGAGCGAGCGGUUUAAGUGCCUGACCCCACCCUUUGUCCCCCGGGACACCGAGUGGCCACGGCGCAGCCCCUCCUAUCUCGCUCCCCCACCUCCAGUCAUCGCUGUGCCCCCUCAAAGCUAGAGAUGGGACCCCAGGGGUGGCGAUGGGCGCCCGGCCCGCCCUGCUGGGGCGCCGGGGUGGGUUCCGGGGCAGCCGGCGUGCGCCCCCAGCCUCCUCGGCCAGUGCCUUACAUCCUGGAGCGACGGCCCCCCGGAGCCCCCCCAGCCCGAUGGGGGCCACCGUUUGCACUUUCACCCCUCCACCCAGCGGGGCGUGGCCGGGGUCCCCGGGAACUGAGAGGGGGCGGGCGGGGCAGAGCGAACCGGCUAGGAGGGCGAUGCCAGGGCUCUGGCGGGAGGGGGUGAGGCGGCGCCGGCGGGGGGAGGGGGUCGUGCACGUUUUUUCCGUUGAGCAGCGCCUAAAACACUAAGCGAGGGACCCUGGCCCCACCCGCACCCCCACCCCUCCUGGCGGGGGAGGGGAGGCCGGCGAGGGGCAUGAGGUGUCCUAGGGCCUGGGAGCCCUGACGCGGGGACCCCUCCCGGCCUCUCCCGACUUUUUCCCGCAGUGCGGCGCUGGGGGGGCCUGUCCCCGCCCCCGCCCCUCCUGCCCCAGCGGCCCCCAGUCGGGCCUGGGCGAAGACCCCGGCCCGCGCGGCCCCUCCCCCAGCGGUGCAUGGUGCUUGGCGCGGGAGAGCGCAGCCUGGCUCCCGGCGUCCGCGUGACGCGUGCAUGGCAAACCCGGCUCGCCCUCCCCGCCCGGCUCCUCUUACAAAACAAAACAAACAAAAAAAAAAAAACAAACAAAAAAAGAUACAAAAAAAAAAAACUAAAAAAAAGCCCCAAUCCUCCCUGAUUCCUGAUUUGCACGGAUUUCUACCACUUGAGGUGCCUUGCCUUGGAGACGGCGCCCGCGCCUGGGCGCGCAGAGCUGCAUGCCCGCUCUGGUCCCGGCGCCGACGCGAGAGACGCCGGCCGCGCGAACGGAUGUAUUUCUAUCCAUAAACAGAAAAUAAGAUUUUUUUUUU